GGCUGGGAGGGAGAAGAUGAUGCGGCUGAGCGCGCACGGACCGGAUGCAUAAUUGGCCUAACGUAGUCAUAGAUUUUCUGUUUGCCUUUGUCCAGUGUUUUUUGCCAAAUUGCUCUUUAAUGUCGAUCAAUAUCCGGAGCGUUGCAGAAAGUGACUGGCGGUAAACACAGCUGAGGAAGAAGAGGAUAAAGAAGAGGAUCUGAGCAGUGACUGAGGGGAGCCGGGCAUCAAAUUGCACCGGAUGUCAUUACACGCUCUUAAAUAUCCAGGACCAUAAUCAAGACCAAAGGCAGAGCCAUGGAGGUUGUAACACAUUUUGUGAAUGACACUGUAGAAUUUUACAAAUGGAGCCUUACUAUAGCAGACAAGCGGGUGGAGAAAUGGCCGAUGAUGUCGUCUCCCUUACCCACACUGGCCAUCAGCUGCCUGUACCUGCUCUUCCUGUGGGCGGGACCUAGAUACAUGCAGGACCGCCAGCCCUUCACGCUGCGGAGGACUCUCAUAGUCUACAACUUCAGUAUGGUCGUGCUCAAUUUCUACAUCGCCAAAGAGCUCCUAAUAGCCACCAGAGCAGCAGGUUACAGCUACCUCUGUCAGCCGGUCAACUACUCAAAUGAUGUCAAUGAAGUCAGGAUAGCAUCUGCUCUGUGGUGGUACUACCUCUCCAAAGGAGUGGAAUUCUUGGACACAGCCUUUUUCAUCCUGCGGAAGAAGUUCAACCAGGUCAGCUUCCUCCACGUCUACCAUCACUGCACCAUGUUCAUCCUGUGGUGGAUUGGCAUCAAGUGGGUGCCCGGUGGACAAGCAUGUUUUGGGGCGACCAUCAACUCUGGCAUCCAUGUCGUCAUGUACGGUUACUAUGGCCUUGCAGCGCUGGGACCUCAUAUGCAGAAGUACCUCUGGUGGAAGAAGUACCUCACCAUCAUUCAGAUGAUCCAGUUCCACGUGACCAUCGGCCACGCCGGCCACUCCCUCUACACCGGCUGCCCGUUCCCCUGCUGGAUGCAGUGGGCCCUGAUCGGCUACGCUGUCACCUUCAUCAUCCUCUUCGCUAACUUCUACUACCACGCGUACCGGGGAAAACCCUCCUUCUCGCUGAAGGGAGGCAAGACCGUGGCAAACGGCACCUCUACGGCAACUAACGGUCAUAGUAAAGUGGAGGAGGUGGAGGAUAACGGGAAAAGGCAAAGAAAAGGAAGACCGAAAAGGGAGUAAAAGAAGGAAAAAGGGGCUCGCUUGGUGAUGACGAGAAAGAAAGGCCAGAGAAGAAGGGCGGGUGGGAAGGAGGAGGAAACGAGAGUUCAAACCAGACCAUCAUCCCAGGAAAUAAAGUAGACGGAUGUGAUUUGUGACCAACUGUGUGUUUGUGGGUGUGUCUGUAAUGGGUUGUGGUUUUGAGAGGAAGAGAGGGUUAUUGGCUUUUUCCAUAAUAUUUUUUUUUUUUUAUCAAGAAAAAGCUCAAAUGCUGAUCACGUAGGCUCCAUGUUCGUCUGUCCAACUGUGUUUGGGACCGUGAUAGGACCAAAGGACCUAUAACCUGCUCAGCAUCCACUAUCUUAUCAACCAAAAUUCACCUCCAACUUUUGUACUUUGGAUUCCAGUGUUAUUUAACUGAAAGCUUAAAUAGUCUUUAAUAUCGCUGAUUUAUUUUCUAGUGUACCGAGAGUUUUAAUGGUUUUAACUACAAAAAGAACAAAAGAGGUUUAUACCAAAGAUUCUCUCAAUGCUUUGUGGGAAAUCUUUGUUUAAGGAUAUUUAGAGUCGACAAAGGUAGUGAAUUAAAAAAGGAAAAUACAUUUCAAAAUUCUCACAUCUCCCACUUGUCCAACAGGUCUCGGACUUCACAUUCCUGUGCUGUUUCAACCUGAAAAAACUCCGCUGCAUUGACAUAAUGACAUGCUAUUUUCUUUGUGUUCAUUGUGAAUUUAAAAAAACUUAUUUAAAGGGAAGGGGUAGGUAGUUUCUUAUAGUAUUAAUGCAAAUUUGUUGGUGUAUUUGUAUUUGUUAUAAUACAUGUAUUUUUUCUGUGGGUCCUCAUGAUUUAUUUCUUUUUGCUGUGCGAUGUAGCCGAGGUGCGGGAAGAAGAGCGUUGUCUCACUGCCAUGUAGGACUGAGGGGAGACUCAUCCUGAUCCUCUUUUUUUAAAUUAAAAAAUGUUAAUUUAAAACAAAAAGUGAAUCAGCUUCUGGCUGCACAUGUAAGUGAAAUAAAGACCAGCACCCCAUAAACAUU